CUAUUCUUAUAUUUAUCUGCCCCCUUCCUAAUAUACUGUCCGGCGAGUGAAAUCAUUUCAAAAGUUCUCCUGACGUCAGCGCGGAGUUUUUGUUGUUCUUCGGCCCUCCUCCUUACCUCAUAGUACUCCACUCCUCCUCCUUACCUCACCAUACCCCCCUCCUCCUCCUUACCUCGUCAUACUCCCGCCCUCCGCAGCGCGUCAAAGUCACAACAAGGGGGCCGAGCGACCAAUGAGCUGCUGUGGGCUGCUGAGUGCUGGGGUCCCGGGGAGCUCCGAGAGCAAAACGCCUAAGAGCGCUGGAACUUUCUCACUCGUCUUGUUUUCUCCUCAGUGAUCGAUCCAGCGACUUGAAGCGCACUUUUGGAUUAUUUGUUGGAUUUGUUUUUUUUUUUGGUUUGGAAUAAAUUGGGGGGUGGGGGGGGGAAGCUCCGGACAUAUGGAAUGAUUUGUCCGGGUAAGAAACGCUCGCCCACGGAGCAGAGAUUCCACGGAUUAACUUUUUUUAGUGGAAAACAAAAGUUCCGGUUUAUGACUCUGCUGUGAGUUCCAGCGCCCCCGCCGCUACCUCCACCAUGCCGCGGACCUUCCGCGGAUCCCUCCGCCCGCUGGCGUGCGUGCUCGCCCUGGCCGCGUGCUUGUCCGCGGCGUCGCCGCCGCACGGCCGGAGGCUGAUCUGCUGGCAGGCCAUCAUGAACUGCCAGACGGAGCUGGAGUGCAACUACGCCUACGACCACUACCUCCGCGCCUGCGGGCCAGUGUUGAGCGGCGAGCGGAAGAAGUGCCCCAGCCACUGCAUCUCCUCCCUGGUGCAGCUCAACAUGACCCGCAACGGCCCCGCGCUGGAGGACUGCAGCUGCGGCCACGACACCGUGUGUACGCGCACCAAGCGGGCCAUCGAGCCCUGCCUGCCGCGGACCACCAGCACGGGCUGUACGGAGGCCCGGCGCCAGUGCGAGCGCGACCCGCAGUGCAGCUCCAGCAUGCGGGACUACUUGCACCACUGCGGGAAGCUCUUCAGCGGCGCCGUGUGCACCAACGCCUGCCGCGGCGUCAUCGCCAACUUGCGCCGGAUCCCCCGGGGGCAGCAGCUGGACGCUUGCAUGUGCGACGGCACCGAGAGGGCCAUCUGCGAGUACGUCAAAAGCAGCAUGAAGACGCUGUGCUUCGACACCCCGGAGCGGGAGGAGAGCAGCGGCUCUCACGAGGGCUUCGACCCGGAGGACGACGAGGACUACUCGGACCCUGACUACAGGGAAGAGCCGGAGAGCGGAGCCUCUUUCCUGGAGGGCCACAUUGUUUUGACCCUGCUGGCAUCCAUGUUGGCCCUCAUUUAAGACUUUCAGGUUGAGUUAUUUUCUAUGCAAAAGUUAUCAAAAAAAGCACACAAUAUUUUGUGUGAUGGGGUCUCAAACUUGUUGUUUCUCUCUGCACAACUCCAUAUAUUAGUGUACUAGUGCCCCAUACACUUCAAUAUAUGAUGCCGAGCUUCACUCCUACCAGACCAGGGGCCUUAUGUAAUAAGACUAAAAAUAUAAAAAUCCAGAAAACUACGUACACAAGUAAAAAUGAAGAUGCAUUAAAGCGUGCAGACACACAUUUGCACGUUUCAACGUUUUGUUUCUCUCUACUCAACUCCAUAUAUGAGUGUACUUGUGCCCCUUACACUUCCAUAUAUGAUGCCAAGCUUCACUCCUACCAGACUAGGGGCCUCAUGUAAUGGACUAAAAAUUGAAAAAUCCAGAAAACUACGUACACCAGUAAAAAUUCAGAUGCACACAUUUGCACGUUCAGUCAUGAUACAACUCAUCUUUGCCGUGAAAAAGGGCGUACACGCAAGGUUUAUGUGCGUAAGCGAGCUGGCCCCAGGGUUCUUCCACCGGUGAUUUUGAGUACGGUAGUCAAAGCAUGUUUUCUUAAACUAUUUUUACAACUGAUCAAGUCAAACAGAAAUCCUCUAUUUGACGACAAGUUAGCACAACAUGGGCCAGUUUUUUUAUUUUUACUGGCCCCCUCAGACAAUAACAUUAAUUCAUUAUUAUUGACAUGUGGUAUAAGAAGUGCUGCCAAAUGAUUAUUUUUUAAUCAGAUUAAUCACACUUUUAAAAUUGUAUUUAUCAUGAUUAUUCACUAGUAUUAUUUGUAGUAUUGCUUGCUUGCAUAAUUUCAAUUAAUUAAAAAAAAGACCACAAUAUUGGGACACAAAUGCAAUUUUAUUAUUCAAAUAGAUUAGAAGAUAAAAGAGCAAAUUUAAUUGUGUAAAGUAUUUGCGUAUAUACAUGAUUAAUGCAAUUUUUUGUGAUUAAUUGCUUGUUAUUUUUGACCGAUACCACAUUAAUUUCCUUGGUCACCUAUAAACACAAAGCUAACAGGAAUGUUUUGUUCAGCUAGCUUAGCAUCCAUUUACAUACACUGCUUUGCUUUUAGCAUCUGGAUGUGCAAAAGGUAUCAAAGGGGCACCCUUACAUUUUUCUCAAGAUGGCCCUGGCUGGAAAAAGUUUGGACACCCCUGGCAUAAAGACAAUAAUUGCACUGUUUGAGUGGAGAUCUGCCAUUUAGAUGUUGCAAACACAAAAUCAUUUAUUUUUGUCAAAGUAGCCCAAAUAGUGAUUUAAAAAAAACAGCACCAGAAAUGAAUGCAUUUGUAAUACAAAAGGUAUAUAUGUAUACUCGUGUAUAUAUAAGUAUGUAUACAUGUGUAAAUAUGUGUGUAUGUAUAUAUGUAUAUGCUGUAUGUACAUAUAUAUGUGUGUGUGUGUAUAUAUAUAUAUAUAUAUAUAUAUAUAUAUAUAUAUAUAUAUAUAUAUACACACCUGUAUAUAACAUUGUGUCAAUGCUCUGGGAAAACAACUUUAUUCUCUUUGUUUUGGUGGAAAUAAGAUAUGAAAUUGCAUUUAUAUGUUGGACAAGUAUCUCUCAAAAGAAAAGAAGGUUGCAUUAGUCACAAACCACAAUGAUGUUGCAACACAAAAAUGACAGCACAACAAACACACACGUCGGCUAACACAAAUAGCAACUUCCUGUAAGCAAGCCAAAGUGUCUCAACAGUGACAAAAUAUACAUUGUUUCCAUGGAAUUCGAUGUUUUUAAUGACUUGAGACCCUGCCAUUGGUAGAAGUAUUUAACGAAGGUAAUCACGUGGUUAAAACGUGACUACUUUGAUGAAUUGGUUUAAACAACGCUGUGCACUGCCAAUCUUUUUUCUAUAACAAAUAUUUUUAUAUGACUGCCUUUCCUGGGGGGGUUUUACAAGUAUUUAACGCUGGAAUAAAAAUUAAAAAAAACAACUUGUAAAUAGCAGAAGAGGUAAAAAAAGGAUAAUUUAUUACAUGUAGUCAUGUCCAAAAUGUGGUGAAUAAAAGAUUCCAGCUUUAAAGGGAAGUUUUUUUUGUUGCCCUGUAUUUUCCUGUAUAUUGUACAUAUGUGUAUAUGCCAAUAUAGUUUUUCCCUCCUUCAGAGAAUCUUCUAUAUGGUGCUGAUUUACUCACUGUGUGUAGCCUGUAGGAAGAUAAUGUCUAAAUCCACUGUAUGGUUUGCCUUAAUGAUAUACUUUUGUAGAAGGCAUAAAAGGAAAACUUGAAUACAU